AGGCAACCAUUAAGGUGAACGGGCGGUUUGACAAGCGUUUAUGGGCAGAGAUGACACACUCUGGAGAUCUCGAUCGACGCUGACAGAGUAAACAGCGCGUCUGCGAGAAAAUACAGGAUGCAAACACGUGCUGAGUAACAACUUACACGUAGUAAGACUCAGUUGCGUUCAUUUUAUUUGAAACAAUUAGCAGCUGGAGAAUUAAGCAAGUUGUUAUGGCUUCUAGAUCGGGUUUCGCCCUCAAUUCCAGCACCCCAAUAAACCCCAACAUGAACCUGGGUCACAGCGCUAUGAGAAUGACAGCAAUGCCGCAAAAUUCCCCCUACAGGGGUAUGGCCACCACACUGAACCAGUACCACCAGCGCCCAAGUAUGCCACCCAGCCGAGGGGUGACAAUGGUGGGCAUGGGUCCUAUGGGCUCACCCAUGCCUGGUCCAUCUUAUGGUGGAGGCAUGCAGAUGCGACCCGGAAUGUCACAAGCCCUGAUGGACCCCACACGGAAAAGACUGCUUCAGCAACAGCAGCCCGGUGGUCUUAUGGGUCAUAGAAGGGGAGUUAAGCGGCGUAAGAUGGCUGACAAAGUUCUCCCACAGAGGAUCAGAGAUCUGGUCCCAGAGUCUCAGGCCUACAUGGACCUUCUGGCCUUUGAGAGAAAGCUGGACCAGACCAUCGCUCGGAAACGCAUGGAGAUACAGGAGGCCAUCAAAAAGCCUAUCACGCAAAAGCGAAAACUGAGGAUCUACAUAUCCAACACUUACACACCUGCCAAACCAGACGGGGAGGAGGCUGAAAAAGUGGCAUCUUGGGAACUCAGAGUGGAGGGCAAACUCCUGGAGGACCCAGGAAAACAGAAGAGAAAGUUUUCAUCCUUCUUCAAAAGCUUGGUCAUUGAACUGGACAAAGAACUCUAUGGACCAGACAAUCACCUGGUGGAGUGGCACAGAAUGCCCGCAACUCAGGAGACGGAUGGCUUUCAGGUGAAGAGACCAGGAGAUGUGAAUGUGAAAUGCACUCUCCUCCUUAUGCUGGACCAUCAGCCUCCACAGUAUAAGCUAGAUCCUCGUCUGGCUCGACUUUUGGGCGUCCACACUCAAACCAGGGCCAGUAUCAUGCAGGCCCUGUGGCUCUACAUCAAAAACAACAAGCUCCAGGACUGCCAUGAGAAGGAGUUUAUUAACUGCAACAGAUACUUCAGACAGAUUUUUGGCUGUCCCAGGAUGAGGUUUUCUGAUAUCCCCAUGAAGCUCGCAGGCCUUCUGCAGCAUCCUGACCCCAUCGUCAUCAAUCACUCAAUCAGUGUGGAUCCCAAUGACCAGAAGAAGACAGCGUGCUUUGACAUCGAUGUUGAGGUGGACGACCCGCUGAAGGCUCAGAUGACCAGCUUUCUGUCAUCCACAACCAAUCAGCAGGAGAUCGCUGCCCUAGAGAUGAAGGUGAUCCACGACACUAUUGAAUCCAUCAACACGCUGAAAACCCAGAGAGACUUCAUGCUCAGCUUCAGUAACAACCCGCAGGAGUUCAUCCAGGACUGGCUCAAGUCUCAGAGCCGAGACCUGAAGAUGAUGACGGACACUGUCGGGAACCCAGAAGAGGAGAGGAGGACAGAGUUUUACCAAGCACCCUGGGUCACAGAAGCUGUUGGACGCUAUGUGUUUUCAAAGGUCCAGCAGAGGAGACAGGAAUUGGAACAGGUACUGGGAAUCCGACUCUCAUAAGCAUCAGACUCCAAACCCACUGCCACCUGAUGAAUUAGCUUUCCAUUUACAUCUGAUGAUAAAUAUUCUGUUUGAAAAGGAACAACCGUCAUAAACAGCCAGUCAGGUGCAGAACUUGCUGAUUGUACAGUAACACAAUUCUGCCCACAUCAAAUCUCAGAUAGCAGACUAACUAGAACACCUCAGUCUCUUAAAACUUUCCUUGUGUAUUUUGCUAUAAAUAUGACAGUAAGCCAUUCAAUGCAUUAUACUUGCUUAGUAACAUCUUCUGUUUACUGUUUUUAAUAUUUCAAAGUAUGAUAAACUAUCUAGUUGACAAAAUGUACAGAAGCAACCAGUGUAUUGUAGCUUUUUGUACACUUUGUUUAUGCAGUACUAAAUUCCCAGCUUCAGCUGACACUUGCCCUUUUAUAAACAUUUCUGAUUCUGGCUCUUCUUAAACUUUUCAAAUAUAUUGCACAGUUUUGAGAUUAAGCUGCAUUUACUCAUGAUUAAGUAGAUUCGUAAUGAAGUGUUUUUCUUCAAUGCACAAUAUUCUGGAUUUUUGUAUUUGGUCUCAGGAAAAUAUGCAAAAGGGCCAUGUUUUUUUGCGUUCGGCACAUUUGGUUGUCCAGCUGUUUUGGUUCAGUAUGCCAGACUUUCUGUCUUCAUCUUGUUUGUGUUAAGAUUUUUAGAUUUGACUGUUUUUUAAAUCUGCCAAGGUAGCAGAGACCAUAUAGCAAUGCCCAGAUUUCAUUGGGUGUGUAAGCCAUCUCUUCUUUUCAGAUAUUCAAAGCCAUAUUUUGUACUUUUGAUCAUUUAAGUUCUUUGCAUAAUUCUACAUUCCAGGCACGGUUGUGAAUUUACCGUCAGAUUCUGUUUUUAUAAGUGGCCUUUCGUAUUUGUAUGGUAAUUUGUGUUCUUGCAAUUAAAGUUAUCAUUGAAGAAAUGUUUCAGGUCUAACGGGGUUAAGCUCCAUUAACAGCAUCUGUGGCUUUUUGGCAGUUACCACUAAAUAUCUGGUUUCCAACAUUUUUUUAAAUGUCACAAUUUUAAGUUCCUUUCUUAGGUACGAGUCAAAAGAUAUUUUGUUUUGUCAUUGGCAACAUGUUACAGAUGAUAUUCUAAGAGCUUAAUUUGUGAUCUUUUCUUUUUGAUCCUCAGGCAGUAUUAUUACUGGUCUGAAAUGCUCUUACACAUGUGCUAUACCCGUGAGUGCAUUCAUCCAUUGUUCUGUAAAUGCAGUACAAUUCUUAAAAUUUAAUGUUUGUUUUAUAUUUUUGUAUCAAUCAAAUGCUUGCUUUUUUGUACUCUUUAUUGGGAAAUUGGAGCAUUUUAAACAAUAAAUUUGUUUCCAUGAAGGGUUCUUGA